AUUCCGAACUCUAUGCAUCAUAGUGAUAUGGCUGAGAUUUGAAGUAAGACUCUUGAGGAGGUGUCAAAAAAAGUAAACCACUGAAGGUAACGUCUCAUGCAAGUAUAUUCAAUAUCAGCAUGACAGAUCUCAAAUGUGUGGUAGUGGGCGAUGGAGCUGUGGGUAAAACUUCGAUGUUAAUCACCUUCGUCAAAAACGAAUUCCCCGAAGACUAUGUGCCCACCAUUUUUGACAACUACUCACUCUCUAUGGUGGUGGACGGGGAAAAGACAAACCUGGGUUUAUGGGAUACAGCAGGUCAAGAGGAUUAUGAUCGACUCCGACCACUAUCUUACAGCAAAACGGAUGUGAUGUUAAUAUGUUUUGCCACCAAUGACAUUCGAUCAUUUCACAACGUCAACAAAUGGGCGAACGAGGUCCAUCACCAUUGUCCGGACACCCCAAUCAUCCUGGUAGGCACCAAAAUAGACCUCCGCGAGACGAACUUCAAGGGCACGUGGUCCAAGCGGCGCAAGCAACGGGACACUUCGCAAGAAUUUGUUAGUGAAAGCCAAGGAAAAAACAUGGCAACUGAAAUUGGAGCUACCAUGUAUCUUGAGGCCUCCGCCAAAACGCAAGAGGGCCUCAACACCAUUUUUGAUGAGGCUGUGCGGGUCAUUCGCCAAGGAAAGAAGAGGAAGCCAAAACGCCAGCGGAGAUGUACGGUUUUGUGAUCUUUUUGAUUGGUUCGUGAUGUUGGGUGAAGUGCACUGUUUUGAACAAAACUACAA